AUGAGAAACGAAAUGGCGCGACUGAAAGUGAACCGUUUUAAAUACAGCUCUUUACUGGGACGCGACAGGCGUUCGCGGUCACUCCAAGAAUGUUUAGAAAACAAGCGGGAAUUCAGAAGGUCGUAUAAGAAUUGGAUACUGGUGGGGUUCAUGCUAAUGUGUUUACAUUUCAUGUAUCAGUAUUUUAAUCUUUCUGAUGACAGAUUGGAAUAUGUAACCGAAUCUACACCUUUCUUAAUGGACCCUGGAGAUGAACUAUUAACCACAAAGAAACGUAAGCAAUCGACGCCAGCACUGGAGGAGUUCCCCAACUUUUACAGACUCGAUUCUAUUUUGAGGUUGGAUUCUACGACAACGGUUUCUUCGGCUAUGCCAAAAUGUAUAGAUCAUAAAAACUCAGGUACAUAUCCAUUAAAUAUAACAAAAGUAGAAUUGACUGAGCUGGCUUCUGACUUUCCCAUGGUGCAGAGUGGGGGCUACUAUCGCCCGCCAAACUGUGCCUCUAAACAGAAAAUCGCGAUUGUAGUUGCUUUUCGAAGUCGAGAUACGAAUUUGGCGAUAUUUUUGGCCAAUAUUCACCCGUUCUUAAUGAUGCAGCAACUUGAGUACCAGAUAUUCGUUAUUGAACAGUCAGGAAUUGGCAUCUUUAACAAGGGCCGUCUGUACAACGUGGGCUACAAGGAAGUGAAUAAAUUAAAUAAGUUUGAGUGUAUAAUUUUCCAUGAUGUGGACCUGUUGCCGAUGAACUUAGAGAUACAGUAUGGCUGUCCAACGCUACCCAGGCACAUGAGUGCCUUUGUAAACGAUACGGAGAUCAAGAAAAGCGGACUGGAAUACAAAUUUAAGUCAUUAUUUGGUGGCGUUGUAUCAAUGACUAUGGAGAUGAUAAUGCGAACUAAUGGAUACUCUAAUGUCUACUUCGGGUGGGGAGGCGAGGAUAAUGACAUGCUAUGGAGACUACGCGCAGUGGGAUAUCCUAUAGUUAGGUACAACAAGAGCAUCGGUGUAUAUUUAGUAAUGCCACACACACGUGCACCAGUUAAUGAAUUCAGGCAUCACCUGCUUGCUACAGGAUUAGACAGGUACAAAAAAGAUGGCCUAUCGAAUUUACAGUAUGAAGUAGUUUCAAUUAGUCGUUUCCAUCUUUAUACUCUCAUCGUGGCAGAUAUAAACCCUCGGAAGGAGAAUAUUUCCAUGUGGCAUCACCUGCUUGCUACAGGAUUAGACAGGUACAAAAAAGAUGGCCUAUCGAAUUUACAGUAUGAAGUAGUUUCAAUUAGUCGUUUCCAUCUUUAUACUCUCAUCGUGGCAGAUAUAAACCCUCGGAAGGAGAAUAUUUCCAUGUGGAAGUUGAGGAAGGCGUACGCGAUGUUAGGUAAAACACAAGCAGCUAGGGAACAAUUGCUUAUGCACUACUCUUCAGCCGUCAACCUAUCUUCGAUCGAAGCCGUUAGAAACUACAUAGGAAAUUCAGUAGAUAUGAAAUGCCAAGAUAUGUGCCAGUUAGUACAACCAAAUAAAGCUAGAAAGUGGCGACUUUUAACUGAAAUGUUACGGUUGAAAAAACACUUCAUACUACGACAGAAGACCGACAACAUUGGGGCUUCUGAUUCUAAGUUAAAACCACCGCCCAAGUACGCCUGGAACGUCACAAUCGCGAUUCCAGCUUUGAAAGCCCCUCAAGAAUUAGGAACUAAAGAGAAUACAACAACUGGACUGAAUAAAAGUGCUUUCUCCCCUCCCAUCCACGAGAAAGAAGCGUCUAACUCCGGCUCCUAUCCUAGCUCCACUACUUGCAUGCAUGGCUGGCUUUAA